AUGUUCGAGUCCGUUGCGGAAUUGUUGGAUCGCUGCCUCCAAAAGGUCCUGGCCCUGUUUCCCCCAGCUGCCAUCGGAAUCCUUGGCCUUCUCGGCAUGAUCCUUCUUCCCUCGGUGAUGGAUGAACUGUAUAACCUAUGGACGAAGUGUGUCCUGCUUUACGUCGACUUGUUCGUUCGUAUUUGCGUCGCCCUGUCCGAGGUCAAGCCCGGCAGUGGCCAAGAGCCCAGGACCCCUGGAACCUGGCCUGUUAUGCCCCCCGGCACACCGCAUCCAGAGGUGUGCCAACACCAUACUCACGACCAGAACGCCCCGUGCGUUUCUGAUGCUUGCAAGAACGAGAAGGACAAGUUGCGCGACGAGAUUGAGACCCUCCGACAGGAGAAUACUGUUCUGAAGGAUCGUUUGGUUGUCAAAGAGAAGAGAACGAGCGGCCGCAUGGUGCCUACCUCGGUUGCCUUCAAGCAUCCGAACUCGAAGACAUCCCGCCUGCGAAGGCAAUUCUCGAGCAAGCAAACGAACGCCAAGUUGGAUGCCGUCGAUCUUCCGCCUUCCGCGCCUGCUGCCAUUUCGCGGGCACCGCCUGCUUCGGAUGACGUUGUUACUCCGGUAUCGCCUUCUUCGCCUGCUUCGACGGUCGUAAUCACUUCGAUCCCGCCUGCCUCACCCCGACCUGUUUUCGUUGCUGCUUCCUCGCCUGCUGUCGUUGCCCCGAGCGCACCUUCCUCACCACUCGCCAUUGCUCCGAUUUCACCUGCAUCGCCCGCCGUCACACCUGCCAUCGUUGAGGCGGCCUCCCCUGCUGUCGCGACCCCAGCUCUCUUUAUCCCAUCGGCAACUGUCUCUCCCGUCGCUCUUGCCCCGGAUUCUCCUCUCUCUGAUGUAUUACCCUCGCUUGGCGAAUACGUGGAGAACGACAAGAACGAAGAUGACGAGAAAGAGUUCAAAGAGAAGCGUAGCGAUAAGGGGAAUGCGGAGGACUUGGAGGUAUACCACAAGGAUGAUACCGACGACGACGACGACGAUGAUGAGGAUGAGGAUGGCAACGGCCCAGAAGGUGGCUCUGCAGCGCUUCAGUUGAAACUCGCGCCUUCACUCGCUCCUUCCUCGGCAUCGACUGUUGCGCCUGCCCCCUCUCCUCCUUCAGCUCCCAUUCGCGCGCCUUCUCCUCCUCCGUCGGUACCGGUGAUCGCGCCUGCUCUCCCGUCUGUGGAUUCUUCCUUGGGUUUCCCGAUUCCGGUCGCCGCUUCCUCUUCCGCUUCUGCUUCGGAUUUAGUUCUUGCGCUUGCCGAUCCUGAUUGUGGUUCUGUCCCGCCUUCCCCUGCUGCCCCCAAUUCUCCGGAGAAGCGAAAGCGAAAGAGCUCGGGACCACACUCGCCUAUCCGAACGACACCCGCUCCGACUUCCAAGGCCAUCGCCGACGCCUACCACACUCCUGUGGGUAUUCCCGAGGAUAUGGAAGGUGUCGUGCGUGAGGCUGAAUACGUCAAGGAUGAAGACAACCACAAUGAUGUCGAUCAGAUGGAUGAGGACGAGAUUUCGAGGCCCCCGACUCCCAUGGAUUGGGGCACGUACAUCGAUGAGGAUAUCGACAUUUACGACGCAACGCCCUCUCUCAGGGCCGUCGUAGGAGACGAAGACCUGGAGAUGGCGAUACUUCCAGAGCCAGCUAUGGACACCAACGUGACUGAGUUACAGAUAGCAGUCGACAGGGAGGUGGAGAUGGACUCUGGUCUUAUCCAACCUCCAGUCGCAGCUCCUCGGCUGUUGGCAGAAACUCCAGAUCCGACGACUCUUGUGCUCGCUCCGGCAGUACAGGUCGAUGUCAGUGCAUCACGCUUCUCGACCGAGAUGUGCGGACCUCUAAUCCAGGAGCAAGCUGUUGUGUCAGUCCCUGCGCCUGUUACUCCCGUUGCUGCGCCCGCUUCACGGAUGACAACUCCGUCGCCGACACGGUAUUUGGACGAGACACUGGACGAUUUCUCCCCUACUCUUCCACCAUCACCCGGAAGUUUCGGUGGCCCGGCAUUCCCAUCCUCACCCGUCUCCGAGACUUCUCCGGGAUCUUUCGCCCUGUCGCCAUCCUCUCUCAUCCUCUCGCCUUCCUCUCUCGUCCUUUCGCCUUCCUCUCCUGUCCUCUCACCUUCCUCUGUUGUUCUUUCUCCUGCCUUUUCUCUUUCCCCAGUCCUUGAGGAUUUGAAUAACGAGGAGACAGAGGCGCAGACGGAGACGGAUGCGGGGGUAAUUGUCGAAGAAGUGAAGGCGGACGAUUCGGAGGCAACACCGAGAGCCCCAGCCUCGCCAAUCGUGGCACCAUCCUCUCCUUUGGCUUCUUGGACUGUGCCUUGGACGCCGACCCCGGCUCCUAGAGUCGUGGCCAUGGCUCCUGCGCCAUCGACACCUGCCAUUCCGACCCGUAGAGAUGUCACCCCUGCACCACCGACAACUCCGGCGUCCAGCAGAACCGUUGUUCGUCCCCCUCCCCCUCCUGGGGUGUUUCGGAGGCCAGCGCGGUCAGCCAAUCCUCUGCUGGCACCGCGAAGGAAGCCCAAGCCGCAGGUUCCUCGAACGAAAGACGCACCCUGUGCGCAGCUUGGACAAGAUGGCCGUCCAAUUCGUUCUCGUGCACCCUCGCCGGCUCUUGAACCAUCGGCUCCUGCCCCGACCACUGCGCCUGCGCCCGCUUUUGGCGGCUUUUCGCCCUCCCCGUCUCCUGCAGGCCCACGGCUUGCAAUCUUCCCAAUCUCCGGACCGAUGCCGGCUACGCCUACGCCCCCAUCCCGCCGAUUGUACCCGAGUACACCUGCCGUCAAGCGAACCCUCUCAAGCGCAGAGGCAGACUAUUCCCCACCCCAUAUUGUCAACUUCCAGGGACGGGCGAUAGCCCAGCUACCAGCUCGGGCCAAGAAGGAGCGGUCUGCGGCAGACGAGGAGGGGCGGCGGCAGGAAGCAGCAAGGGCCAGAAUGGCAUGGAAGCAGAGAGUGGAGGAGUUGGAGAGGCAGGAAGCUUCGCGUGCUGCUGAAGAAGCACCUCGGGCGAGAAUGCCACGGGUCGGAGCCAUCACCGAGGAGGUAGCUCCUCUGAACAACAGCCUGCUUACGGUGGGCUCGGAUGAGUUGCAUGCCGAACUUCGGCACAUCCUCUCGCCGUUGUAUGGCAUUCUCGACCGCCCCACCCCAGACUGUCCCGAUGGCAGAACCCUCAAGGCUUACGACCGGAGUGAGCUCCAGUGGCGCGCUCUGCGAAUGUGGAGAGCGUCGCUCGAGCAGCCCGAUGGAACAUUCCUCACGAGGGUACACUUCGAGGGACUAGUCAAUAUGUGGAUGGAGGAGUUCCUCGACCUCCUAGUCAGAAUACGGAUCCUAAUCAAGGACGAAGAGGAGAUAGAGGCGAUACUAGACGAGUGGAGGGGAGAAGUCGAUCAUCAAGGACGACGCUAG